CCGCCAUGGAGCCCAGUUUUCCUCCCUCACACGUGAGAUCCCUUCACCAGCAUCUCUCUUCCUCAAGCGCCAUCCCUGGCUUCUCCCAUGCCGAGCGUCUCCAAUGCCCAAACCUCCAUUGCCGACGUCGCCCUGCUCAUGUCCAACCAGCUCCCCUUCCUGUUGUUGUGUCCAGCCGAUGCCCCUCCCUCCAUCUUCCUCUCUGCAGCAACCCUACCAUGGUUGUGCCCCUGCUUCCUUGGUGAGCUCGCCCCAGCCCCAACGUCGGACGUGCCGUCGCCCUCACGUCCAGCUCCUCCACCCCCCUGGUUCCCUCCCUGCUCCGACCAGAUUUGCCAGGUCCGACCGUUCUGCUCGCCGCGCCCUCCCCAUGCCAGCACACGAGCGCCCCCUCCCGUCCCUGCUCCUCUACAUCGACGCCCAGGCCGAUGUCGAGCUCCCAGCCCCUCCCAAUGGUGUGGUCAAGCAUCUAGGUAUCAGAAUUCCUGGAUUCCAAAUCUGAGACGGAUGUUGAUGUUGACUAUAACAGCUUGUACUCAAAGCAGGACUUUCUACAGGUCAUGCAUCUGGAUGCUGAGAAGGAGAUGAUGUCACAGUGUGUGGCUCUUAUUGGGAAGUUUAUUGCAGUCCGGGAGCCAGACAUUCGGUACCUCGGUCUGG